AUGAAUCCCACCAACGUUCCCGUUCCCGUCAGCUUUGCUGACCAGACCUCGGUCGCCUUCCAGGCCGUGGCGUCGGGGAGACUGCGCUCCGUCCAGGUCAUCCCGAAGCGGGUGGCCAAGCCCAAGAAGGCGGCCAAGGCCACCGCCGCUCCCCGUCCCGCCGUCGCCUCCGGCCGGGUCACGAAGAAGAGGGGCAACAGGACGGCGAGGGCUAAGACCCCCGUCCAGACCGCGCCGGCAGUUCCUCAGGGGACUGCCGUGCCCCCUCCUCCUUUCGUGCCCGCCGCUCCUCAGGGGAUUGAGACCCCCCUGUUCGAACAACCUUUCCCCCCUCUGCCAGCUCGGUACCUCCUUUAUGAGGGCCAGACUUCUGGCGUCACCGUCCCUGGGGUCCAACCCCAGUCCCUUUCCGUUCUUCCUCCCCCGCCACCUCAAUGCCUCCUCGGUGAGGGCCAGAGUUCUGGCAUCCCACCGGUCACUGGGACCGCCCAAACCCAGCUUAUCUCCCCUCCUCCUCCUCCCCAGCCGCAAUAUUUUGAUAACGGCUUUUUCAAUUUGAGCAGCCAGCCCAACGCGGCGGCUGCUCUGCUUUCUCCCCCUGGCUCGCAGCUACCGACACAGCCUACUAGUGGCUACUUUAUUCCCCAAAGCCAGCCAAUUUUCCAGGCUGCUCCUCCCGCCCCCCCUGUGCCUCUGCCAGAUGUCGGCACUGGCCUUUUCGAUUUCGAUGGUGUGAACCUCAACUUCGAUCCCGAUACGACCUUGGGUGUUGAUUACGGCAACAUCUUUGAUUUCGAGAAUAUUUUCCCUCCCUCUUCUUCUGAUCCCUCUCAAGAUCUUCCUGCUUCAUCGCAAGCUCUCCUUACUCCACCCGCUCAAGAUCUCCUUGCUUUGCCUUCGCAAGAUCUCUUUGCUCCCUCACAAGGUCUCCUCGCUCCCUCGCAAGAUCUUUCGACUCUCCCACAGGAUCUCUUUACUCUUCCAGAGGACCUCUUUACUCUCCCUCAGGAUAUACUUGCUCCCCCACAAGGUCUCCCUACUCCUCCGCAAGAUCUUCCUGCUCCCUCAAAGGAGCUCCCCGCUCCCCUGGAGAACUUCCCCUCCCCCCUGCAAGAGCUUCCUGCUCCCGAUCCAACCCCCGGCUUGCUGAGCGACGAAGAGUGGAAGGAGAUCCUCAAAGACAUGGACGUCGACUUUGCCGCAUGGGAUACCUUCAACGAAGAUCUGUCGUGGGGUGUCAGGUGGAUCAUCAUCCGGAUCCUGAACGAUGAGGACCGCUUCGCCAAGGUUGUCACCUUUAUCUUGCGCCUGUCGCGUCAGCAGGUCCAGGAGUUUCUCGAGAUCUACCUGAGAGAGGAGUACGCGUGGCGUGUUUGGGAGGAGUAUGCCAUCACGAUCCCGCACAUGCCUUUGCUUGAGCACGCACUUGAGAAGAGGAUCACCGUCCCGGCCCUUCUACACUAUAACCGUCCGGCACUUCUUACGGACAACAUUUCUCUAGAAGAUGAGGAGCGCGGAGUAUUGUUUUUGCAGGAGAGGAGGAUGCACGGUUUGGUUGCUUUGUUUCGUUUGUUUUGCGCUGAACCCUACAAAGACUUUUUGCCUCUGCGGAUCGAGUGGGAGAUUUUCCAGGACGGUAUCGACAAGCAGAUCAUCCACCAGGCCGUCGAACUGGGCUGGGCCAAGCCCGAGUUGUUGAAGGUUCGACCUGCUGCGCCAACUACCAACGUUCCUGUGGAUGAUUCACCACUACGGUAUCAAGGGAGGUUUGCGCCUCUUUUCGAGGCUGUUGGGCAGCGUGUGCCUUUGCACCGUAAGGAAGGGGGAGAUGGUAAUGACUUUAACGUUGACUAUGACUUGAAUGAAGACUAUGAUUCAGAAGAGACACAAGAUGACGAUGAGAAGACCCUGUCUCCCGACAAGGCCGACAUGACCCAUACAGGCAGCAGAUCAGCUAUUGAUCAGCCUAAGGAUCAACCCUCUUCCACCUCAAACACCCAUGAUCAACCUACUACGAACAACGGCGGCAACGUCCUUCACGCCCCAGAACCCCUACCACCUCUGCCCUUCCUGCCAGGGCCUUUUGGAUUCCAGCCAUGCCAAAAGCAGGAACAUUUCCUAAAUUUCGCGUUCUGCCGGCGGCACCCCCGGGCAUACAGACAUGUCCCCGGAUGCUUUGCCAAUUCUCUGCUGGAAGAGGGGCGCGACUGGGUUCCGUGCAGAGAGGCCUGCUGGCCUCGGGGGGCUUACGUUCAACUGGGACCCCGUACUCUUCAAGCAUACGCGGACAUCAUUGUCGAGUGCGCUCGCCAUGAGGCUGGUGCAACUGGGAGUAUGGCAGCUCGAGGUAUGCCAAACUGUGAGGCAGCUGCAGCUCAUCACGCAAACAGCUCUCCCCAAGAAGACCCUCACCAAGGCUCAGCCAAGAACCUCUCCAACUCUGCUUGGUACCGGAAGGCGUAUGACGAAUACAUGGCCUCGAGCAUGGAUGUCGAGGAGGCUGACCAGCUCAGCGAUAAUGGUUCAUUUGUCGACGAAGAAGACGCCGACUGCGAGAUGUUUGCAACCCCGAGUGUUUCGACACUACUCGAAUACCGACUGGCCAUGCUUGGAGGCUUCCCGGACACCACCAAUACUACCCAAGACCUUUCCGAACUGGCACCAUCUGUUCAACUUCGUCACCACCUCGAUACCCACUUUGCUCACUACUUGACCAAGAAAUCCACCACUGUGAGAAGAAGUUCCACCAGCCACAAUCGCAGUCGCAAGAAGCAGUCGUCGUCGGAGAUCCUUGCGGAAGAUUGGGAGGGAGGCUAUGAUCUCGUUCUCCCAGAGGCCGAAAAGGAUACGGCAUACUGUCCCAAACGAGGUGAUCGGAAGAAGAGAUCCAGAAAGGCGAUUGACGGUGGAAGACAGAGGAAGCCAACCGUCAAAGACAUUGAGAAGAAGAGCAGUGAGGCGAUUGUGGCAGAGGGAAACGGAGACGAAGGCCCAAAGGAUGGGCAUUCUGCUCUCGAAGCCCAUAAAGAGAGCAAUUCCGAAAUCACCGAAGCACAAGGCACUGCAAACACAGAUACACCCGUUCAGAAAGAGCCCUCCAACAUUACAAACAACGGACCAGCAUCGUCUAGUCGAAUCAAGAUUGUUCUCAAAUCGUCUUCACAUACCCCGACCAGUCCCGCCGAGAGCACGACAAAGAGCAACUCACCCAUUUUUGGAGUCGACCGCAACUCAAUCGUUGCAAGCACCCGAGACAGAGUCCAAAUGACUCACUACGCUUGGAGCGCUGAAGAGGCCACCUUUGCUUCCAUUUCCACACACGCACGAUUCGCACAUACAGCCGAUCGCAUCGUCAAGCCGCCCUCAAUGGGCAAGAUAAUCUCCAUCGACAUCUCUGCCGAGUUGAGCGAGCUUCAGCGACUUCAGACGGCUUUUGAAAACAUAGAGGGUGCGCAGAAGGCGCAGGGGGCUCAGGAUGCAGAGAGGGUGGAGUUUGCUGGGUGUGCGGAUAGGGCCAUGUAUGCGGUGCAGGCGGAGGCUGCUUGCUUUGCGGUUGAGGUUAGGGAUAAGGAUGGGGAUUGUGAGAUGAAGGAUGCGGAGUGA